GCCGGGAUGAGCGCGCGGGCCGCCAGAGGAUGUGCUGGGAGUCGCGGAUGAAUGUGCGGGUCCCGGGUGAUCGUUUGGGCCUCGGGAGGAUGUGCAGGGGACGGCCCAGGAGAGUGUGCAGGACUGGGCUCUGCCUGCCCCACAGGGUCUUGCCCUUCCACAAGAUGGAUUCCUGGGAAAGCAAGUCCUGGCAGGCCCCCUUGGGGUGCUGGAGGCCCAGGAUCCGGUGACAUUUGGUGACGUGGCACAGUACCUCCUCAAAGGGAGUGGCUGAGGCUAGAUCCUGAGCAGAGGACACCGGCAUAUUGAAGGAAUGUGACCUCUGUGGGAGUUCCUGUUUUGAAUCCUGACUUGAUCUCUCACCUGGUGCAAGUCAGACCCAUCCCCUCGCGUGGACCGAGCUGAGCAUUCAGAAAGCAUCUGGGUGACCCAGCCGCCGAGGAUGGGUGAAGUCGCCCAGUCACAGGAGAUGGCGUCCACGAGCUCCCCGAUGGCCAGCGAGCACAGCCCUGAGGUCAAACAGAACGGGGACUCUGAGGGGAGGGGAGGGAGCCCCCAGAAUCUGCCUGUAGAACACCAUUUUGCAUGUAAAGAGUGUGGGGAUGCCUUUCGGCUUAAGGUCCUCCUCGUGCAGCACCAGCGAAUUCACAGUGAGGAAAAGGGCUGGGAGUGCGGCGAUUGCGGGCAGGCUUUUCGCGGGGUGUUUGAGUUCAACGAGCACCGGAAGAGCCACGUGGCGGCAGAGCCCCGGCCGGGCCCCAGCCGGGCCCUUGACGAGGCCGUGGAGAAGAGGGAGCAAAUGGAGAGGGAGGCGAAGCCCUUCGAGUGUGAAGAAUGUGGGAAAAGGUUCAAGAAGAACGCGGGCCUCAGUCAGCAUCUGCGCGUCCACAGCCGCGAGAAGCCCUUUGACUGCGAGGAAUGCGGCCGCUCCUUCAAAGUCAACACCCACCUCUUUCGCCAUCAGAAGCUGCACACUUCGGAGAAACCCUUUGCCUGCAAGACGUGUAGCAGGGAUUUCCUGGAUCGCCAGGAGUUUCUCAAGCACCAGCGGAUGCACACCGGCCACCUGCCCUUCGACUGCGACGACUGCGGCAAGUCCUUCCGAGGGGUCAACGGCCUGGCCGAGCACCAGCGCAUCCACAGCGGGGCCAAGCCCUACGGCUGCCCCCACUGCGGCAAGCUCUUCCGGAGGAGCUCAGAGCUCACCAAGCAUCGGCGGAUCCACACGGGCGAGAAGCCGUACGAGUGCAGCCAGUGCGGGAAGGCCUUCCGGCAGAGCUCCAGCCUCCUGGAGCACCAGCGCAUCCACACCGGGGAGCGGCCCUACGCGUGUGGCGACUGCGGCAAGGCCUUCCGGGGGCCCUCCGACCUCAUCAAACACCGGCGCAUCCACAGCGGACUGAAACCCUACGAGUGCGACAAGUGCGGGAAGGCCUUCCGCCGGAGCUCCGGCCUGAGUCGCCAUCGGAGGACCCACAGCGGGGCAAGACGCUGCGAGUGCAGCGAGUGUGGCCGCGUGUUCAAGAGGCGGUCCGCGCUGCAGAAGCAUCAACCGACCCACCGCGAGUAGGGAAGGCCCGCGGCCCCGUGGCCGGCAGCGGAUCCCCUCGGGGCCCGGGGCCCUGGAGGGGGAGGGCAGGGUCAAAGGAGAUGAACAGUUUUGUAGCGCUUAUAUAUUUUCUCUUCAGAAAGGUUGAAACCAAUUUAUACUGCCACCAGCAAUUUAUAAGUGUUUGUGUUUCCCAUCUUGCCUAUCGAGAGUAGCUUCUACCAUUUUGAUUGAGUUUUGGCUGGUUCAGCUGGAAUCGAGUACCUUCAAGGUAUUUAAAUGCACAGGCCUUGAAUUGGAGAACGAGAGAAGAGAAACCCGGACGUGGGGGUGGAGCUCAGGAUGCUUGGUCCUCUCCUGCAAGCUCCCCCUUCAAGGAAACUGAGACCCAGAGCUAUUCAAUGAUGGUGUCCAUAGAAUGUGAUCCCGACUUUCCGCAACAGAAGAUCGAUCGCCCCAAACUUUUUUGGCCUACUUGAAUUUAUAAAUUUUUAGGGUUGUAAAUAGAAUAAUCAAAUGUCUUAUAAUAUUUAAUUUAUUAAUUUAGUUCUACAUACAUAUUGUAAAUCACAUAUAGAAUAAUAUAUUAAUUUAGAAAAGAUUCCUUUUCUCCCUAGCUCCACUCCAUGAGAUCUUUUUAUCCUAAUUCCUCGUAUGCAUUUCUAACCUCACCGUCUUCACCAACCUCAGAGGCCCUUUGGAGUCAUCAUUUUCAAAGCACACAUCCAAUGACUUCUAUCCAUCCGAACUAUGUGCCACGUAGCACUGUGACAAUCCCUGCACAAGGGUCUCACUAGAAAGCGCCUCCCAAGCCAUAAGUACAGGUUCAUGUAACAUUAGAAUGAUGGUUGUCGUUUUCUAAUUUAUUCUGUAGCUGUACAAUGCAACCACUUAAGGUUUUCCUUUUUUUAAUGACCUUUAAAAGGCUUUUUUAAAGCAUCGAAGACUUGUCCUUGUGAGGUCAUACUCUUAAGAAGAAGUACUGAAUCUGAGUUAAAUUUCUUUUGUGUCCUUUUUUCUUAAACCAAUUCAAUCUGGUGACUCCCAGGCAUAUCCAAUACUAGUGUCGAAUGGGGUUUGUUUCAGGCUAAUGGGUCUUGUCCUCAAGCAGCACUGUUUUGUUCAAAAUCAGGUAGUUGAGAGAGCAUCCCCGUAAUAACAGGGACGUCGCAAGGACUCAAGUGUAAGGUGACGCCUUCCCUUCGGGAACGAUAGCCUCGCAUAUGGGGCCUAGAUGGUACUUCUCCAAUCCUCCGUUUCCACCUCUGUAAAAUGGGGAUGAUCACAGGACUACCUCCUAAGGUUAUCGCAACGACUGCGACGGCGUGCCUGGCGUGGAGGUUCACACUCAGUGAAGUCAUCUGCCGUCAUCACCAUGGUUAUUGCUGUUCUGUGACUCAUUAGUACCCAAACUGAGGAUGGACCCAGGCCUCCUGACUCCUAGUCUCAUCUUCUUUCUCUCACGUGAUGACUUAAAAUACUGUUUCCGUUUUCGUGCAUGCAGAGUACGUUCAUCUCCUUUGACCAGUUACCAAGUUACCUUUGGAUAUAUUGACUUUAUACAGCAGUUCUUUCUGUAUCGAUUGUGAUGAUCUCUUUUCCAGUUUUAUUGCUUUGCUCUUUGUAGCAGUUUUAUUACAUUUUUGUUGUGCAAGCUUUUGAUUUUUACGUAUCCAAACGUUCACUGUUGUCAGUUAAGUCUUAACUUCCAUUGCUUCAGUAGUUAGAGAUGAUGACAUUUUCUUCUAGAAUUUGAAUUACAAACGAAAAGUUGAAAACCCUGCCCCACCAAAAGGUGGAUGCUCCAGGUGGGCAGGCUGGAUGGAAAUGGGCCGGAGACACAGGCUCACUCCUCAUCCAAGAUGCAGACUCUGCAUGUCUGUGGGCGGUACUUGACUAUCCAACCUGGCCACUCAGGCACUCGAGAGGAAUUUCCAUCUCGGAUUGGCCAGAACACUCUGACUGUUCCUCGGUAUAGCCCUAACCUUCAGCAGCAGGGCUGGGCCUCACCUAGAUCAACGGGGCGGUCCGAACUUGGUCUUGCCAGCUCCCGGGAGCCUUGGCCAUGCUGAGCGUGGACUCAGUGCCUGAGCAGCAGAUCCACCCGAGAGACAUCUAAAACACAAGAAGACUUACCCGACUGACACCGUCGCGUGGAUGGCAUCCUCCUAGCGAGUGAUUCUGGAACUAGAAAGAGGUCGGUUUAGUGGCUUCUGCUUUUCGCAACUAGGGGGAAAUUCACCCGUGUGUUCUGACGUCACCUCCUGCGGCCACACCUAAGAGGGGCGACAGAGCAAAGGCUCGGAGACGAACCGUGCCCCACUGAUGGCCACACCAGGCCUGGGCUGUGACUUGUAACAGCCUUGCCCAGGAGGGGCAGUACAGCAAGGGUUUGGAGGGCAACGAUGCCCUUCUGACGACGGCCCACGUGGCAUAAAAGUAAAAGUCGGUCAUCCUGGGGCUGGCCUGUCACUUUCAGCAGCAAGGGCUGGCCAGGAACCUGGCUCCUCCAGUGGCCCGCAGAGCCCACAGGUAGAAGCUGGCCUCACCGGGGCUGUAGUGUGACUUCCCAGCAGCUGUGCCUGGCGUAGAGGCUGGGAAGCAGGGUCCCACAGUGACCCUUGUGACCUUAGCCAGAAGGUACUCUGGAAUGGCCCCCAGGCCACGCCAGUGGCUCUCGGUGACGUCUCCAUCCUGACCCCCGGGCUGGAGAGAAGCUGGCAGCACUUGUUGCGUAGUGAUUCUUUCUGCUCUGGGGGCCUCAGUUCUUGCAGUAGUUGUGAAUCUGUGUGUGAAAUCACUACUUCCUUCCCUCAUGAGCUUUCUCUUUCCAAGC